AUGGCAAGCAGGAAAUGCCAAAGCACCACGGCGACCAUGCUGGAUCACCGGACAAGAGCCUGCCCUUCUUCUCCCCAUGGCCAAGCAGCUGAAAAGGCCAAAAGUCCUUUGCCUGGGGAAGACUAUGUGGAGAAGGUGAUGGACGCGAUCUCAGUUGGUCCAGGUGGCUUCCCCCCAGUCGACUCUGAGCAUAUCGACAACAGCGCAGAUGGGGACUCUAGUUCAGAUUAUGUCAACAACACUUCGGAAGAGGAGGAUUACGAUGAAGGACUUCCAGAGGAAGAGGAAGGAAUCACCUACUAUAUCCGAUAUUGUCCGGAGGAUGACAGCUACCUGGAAGGGAUGGACUGCAACGGGGAAGAAUAUGUCCCCCAAGAAGAGCAUCACGUAGAGACGGACGAGUGCCAGGAAGCUAUUGAGGAGGGAGAAUGGGUGGAGACCAAGAUUCAGCACCAGGAUAACGUGGCCGAAGCGGUGGGCUACCACGAAGGCUGCAUCCAGAUUUUGGAAAGCGAGGUGGCCUGCCUAGAAAUCCAGGAUCAAGACGAGAGCCUCCAGUAUUGCCAUCCCAGUGAAGGGGGUUACUACUCCCCGGAAGCCAACGGCAACUCCCGCCGGAUGUCCCCUUACCGUGGCAGGAGCGAAGAGGGGGAUCUGGAAGAACAGGAGGAAGACAUCGACCAGAUUGUGGCGGAGAUCAAGAUGAGCAUGAGUAUGAACAGCAUUAACAGCGCAUCGGAAAUGAGCCCGGAACACGAUGGGACUGAGAACGUGCCCAAUGACUAUGCAGAGACGUGUCCCAAGGGAGAGUCCGGCCAUGCGGCCAACCGGCAUCUGGGGCGGCCCAAAUCCUUGAACAUCCCUCCGGCCUCCAAGCAACUCGGAGAUGCCCCGAGAGGCUUCAAAACCAAGUCCAAGACUCCGGAGGACAGGCAGAGCUGGCCACAAGAACAGGUAUGCAACGGCUUAGAACAACCUAGGAAGCAACAGCGUUGUGAUCUCAAUGGGCCCAUCGACAACAAUAAUAUGCCGGAGACCAAGAAGGUACCGUCUUUCCCAAGCUUUGUGGAUGUUCCAGGUCCUUGCGAGCCCGAGGACCUCAUUGAUGGCAUCAUCUUCGCAGCAAAUUACUUGGGUUCUACCCAGUUGCUCUCCGAACGCAACCCAUCCAAAAACAUCCGGAUGAUGCAAGCCCAGGAGGCCGUCAGCCGUGUCAAGAGGAUGCAAAAGGCAGCUAAAAUCAAGAAAAAAGCGACUUCUGAAGGGGAUGCCCAUGCUUUGACAGAGGUGGACUUGUUCAUCUCCACCCAGAGGAUUAAAGUUCUUAAUGCAGAUACCCAGGAAACUAUGAUGGACCAUGCGCUGCGCACCAUCUCUUACAUUGCGGACAUCGGCAACAUCGUGGUCCUGAUGGCCCGCCGUCGAAUGCCUCGAUCAGCGUCGCAGGACUGCAUCGAGACGACUCCUGGGGUGCAAGAAGGGAAGAAACAGUACAAGAUGAUCUGCCACGUUUUCGAAUCUGAGGAUGCCCAGCUGAUCGCUCAAUCGAUCGGACAAGCUUUCAGCGUGGUCUAUCAGGAAUUUCUCCGGGCCAACGGCAUCAACCCCGAAGAUCUCAGCCAGAAGGAAUACAGCGACAUCAUCAACACCCAGGAAAUGUAUAACGAUGACUUGAUUCACUUCUCCAACUCGGAGAACUGCAAAGAGCUGCAGCUGGCCAAGCACAAGGGGGAGAUCCUUGGUGUGGUGGUGGUGGAAUCUGGUUGGGGCUCCAUUUUGCCCACAGUCAUCCUGGCCAACAUGAUGAAUGGAGGGCCAGCCGCCCGUUCAGGAAAGCUCAGCAUCGGAGACCAGAUCAUGUCCAUUAAUGGGACCAGUUUAGUCGGCCUUCCUUUAGCAACCUGCCAAGGAAUCAUUAAGGGUCUUAAGAAUCAGACGCAAGUGAAGUUGAACAUUGUCAGUUGCCCUCCUGUCACCACUGUCCUCAUCAAGCGCCCGGAUCUGAAAUACCAGCUGGGUUUCAGUGUUCAGAAUGGAAUUAUCUGCAGCUUGAUGCGAGGUGGGAUUGCAGAGAGAGGAGGGGUCCGGGUAGGACAUCGCAUUAUCGAGAUCAACGGUCAAAGUGUCGUCGCUACGGCUCAUGAGAAGAUUGUCCAAGCCUUGUCCAACUCCGUAGGAGAGAUUCACAUGAAGACAAUGCCUGCCGCCAUGUUCCGGCUGCUGACCGGUCAAGAAACUCCCCUCUACAUCUAA